GCUUGCCGGGAGAGGUGCUGUCGAGGUGUGUGGCACUGUUGAAAAUGGCCUUGAGACAGGAUGUAUGGCUUGGUUUGAUAAGCUGUAGAAAGUCAGCAGCCAGAUUUCAACAACAUAUGUACAGCCUUAGAGUUAUUGUGCUUCCGUCUAACUAUACUGAUAUUCCAAUGGCUGUGAGCAUGAAAGAACAUGGCUUUGUGAUGAAGACCCUUUCCAUGAAUCAGUCAAGCACAUGUAUAUCUUUAAUUAAAGAUGAGAGUGCCUUUAUUCCAGUGGCUGUGAGCUUGAAAUCACCUGCACUAAGUAUUGUGCUGAAGACACCUUCUAUGAGUCAAUUAACUGCAUGUAUACCUCCAGUUAAAGAAAAACAUCAGUUACUGGCCAGCUUUAAGCCUCUACGAAAAGGGAAAGCUGCCUGUAUGAACUGUCCAAACACCAAGGUUACAAGGAGUACAGUGUGUAAUCACGACUGAAGAGCUUUUUCGCAACAGAACCAGUCAGCUCUAAUGUGGCAUCAAAGUACGAGGAACUAGAAUGUCUGUAUGUGUGUGUCAGCAAUCUG